CGUACAAAUAUCAGUUGACGCUGAGCAGGUUCCUCACACACACACAGUGGCAGUUGGAGAUAUCACAAUCCACUAAGAGCAGCCCAGCAUCCAGUGACACAUGUACAACGCUUUGUUGCCAUGCCAAGUCUAGUCGCAUCACCACCAAGGGAGCUGCAGCACCUCAACAUGGACACUGAGAAUAAGCAGAGGGGGAAAGAUAGAAGAGGAAACCUGAAGUCUCGUCUGCAGUGUAGAUCGUCUCAAGCUGCUAAAACUGAGGGGCUUUGUUUUGAAGAGAUGUCCCAGUGGUCACAUUCACUAGAGAGACUUCUAUCAUCCAAAUAUGGAAUGCAAAUUUUCCAGGCCUUCUUGAAGUCAGAGUUCAGUGAUGAAAACAUUGAGUUUUGGCUUGUGUGUGAGGACUAUAAGAAGAUCAAGUCUUCCUUCAGGAUGUCCUCCAGGGCCAAAAAGAUCUUCAAACGCUACAUUCAAGCUGAGGCUCCGAGAGAGAUCAACAUUGAUCACAAGACCAGGGAGCUGAUCAGGCGGAACCUUAAGGCACCCACCACAGUUUGCUUCGACGAUGCCCAGAGGAUCGUUUACGGGCUAAUGGAGAGGGACUCUUAUCCACGUUUCCUCAGGUCUGAAAGCUAUCAAGCUCUAAUGGACUCCAUAUCAGAAUCAGUGAAGAUGUAAAGAAAAUAGAUACCUGGGACAUUGUUUUUGUAGAAGCCGGACUGUGAAGCUGACCCUUUUGCUGGACUACCUGACAGAAGCUGU